AUGUCCGAAUCAAAACAGAAUAUUGUCAUAAUCGGCGGCGGCAUCAUCGGCUGUACCUCUGCAUACUUCCUCUCGUCGCACCCUUCCUUCGAUCCGUCAAAGCACUCGAUAACACUCCUCGAACCCACCGCUAUCGCAGGUGGAGCCUCUGGGAAAGCCGGCGGAUUGCUAGCUUUAUGGGCCUACCCCUCGUGCAUCGUCCCACUCAGCUACCGCCUGCACAAAGAGCUCGCCGAGAAGCACAACGGCAAGGAUAGAUGGGGCUACCGCGGGGUACAUUGCGGACAGGUCGAGUUCGACACAAAGUCCACAUCGAAAAGGAAAGAAACAAAGGAGUCGGAAGAUCUCAGUUUGCAGAAGCGCGACACCGAGUCCCGCCGCACACUGAGGCGCAAAGGCGUGCCUGGCGAAUUGGACUGGAUACACGCUGAUAUCCUGCGCGCGUAUGAUGAGAUGGGCACGCCGGAUACGACAGCACAAGUCCAUCCAUACCAAUUCACGACGAGCAUGGCGGCUCUCGCGCAGGAAUCUGGGGUAAAGAUUGUGUAUGGCGCGGCCACACAUAUAAAUAAGGACUCAUCCGAUGCCGUGGAGAGCGUGACGUAUACCUCCAAAGACGACAAGAACGAAUAUAAAAUACCCGCAAGUAUAGCGAUUCUUGCUGCAGGUCCUUGGACACAUACGAUACUUCCCAGCGUCCCGAUAUCUGCGAUGCGAGCGCACAGCGUAACGAUACGGCCUAGUCGACCUGUAAGUGCGUUUUGUCUGUUCACGCAAAUCAGAGGCGGUAUGAUGGCGACGCCGGAGAUAUAUGCGCGGCCGAAUAACGAGGUGUAUGCGUGUGGCGAGGGAGACGAGGACGUUGCGUUGCCGACAACGAGUGACUUGGUGCAUAUUAAUGACGAACGGUGCAUGGAGAUUGUGAAGCAGGUAGGGAGUAUAAGUGACGAGCUUAGGUGCGGGGAGACGCUGGUAAAGCAGGCUUGUUAUUUACCAAAUGUCAGAGGAGGUGGAGGACCAUUGAUUGGAGAGACCGGUACGAAGGGUUUACUCAUUGCGGCAGGACAUACGUGUUGGGGUAUACAGAAUGCGCCGGCGACAGGGAUGCUAAUUAGUGAGAUCGUGUGGGAAGGAAAGGCGAAGAGUGCGCAUAUAGAGAGUUUGGAUCCAAGGAAAUUCAUGACCUGA